UUCUAGCUUCCGGUCCUCAGAAGCUACACGUUGCUAACAGACGUUGAUGCAGAUGUUAUACCGAAUGUAAUGUGUUUAAGAGACUUUUAAAACACAUACAAUGAGCUAGUUUAUCAUUGGAGGGUGAUUUAUCCGUGCUUUUGUCCGUUAAACCGUGUUUUUGUUGCCUCCCGUUCUUUGUUCGUAGCUUUGAAUACCACGUGGCUGAUCGGUAAACACAAGUAAAGGCAUUAAAGGGAGAUUAGUGUGUUUUAACGGCAGUGUUUUAUCAAGGAGAAGAAAGACUGAGGAACCAGGACGAAGAGGAGAGAGAGAGACACAGCCGGAGAAGGAGCACUGAGAGCAGCAUGGAGGAGAAUAAAAAGACCCCUGGAGCUCAGAAAAUGAAAGGAAGAGAGAGACGUCACGGCUGUCAGCAAUGUGAAAAAUCCUUUACAACAUCUGCACAUUUAAAGUGCCACCUGCGUAUUCACACUGGAGAAAGACCGUACAGCUGUGAAGAGUGUGGGAAAACGUUCACUACAUCAGGUGAUCUCAAAACACAUCAACGUAUUCACACUGGAGAAAAACCUUACUGGUGUCAAGAGUGUGGGAAAACGUUCACUCAAUCAGGUGUUCUCCAAAAACAUCAACGUAUUCAUACCGGAGAAAAACCGUACAGCUGUGAGUUGUGUGGGAAGACAUUCAGGGAAUUGGGUUGUCUAAAAAAACAUCAACGUAUUCACACUGGAGAAAAACCGUACAGCUGUGAAGAGUGUGGGAAAACAUUCACUCAAUCAGGUCAUCUAAAAACACAUCAACGUAUUCACACUGGAGAAAACCCGUAUUGGUGUCAAGAGUGUGGGAAAAAGUUCACUCAAUCAGGUGUUCUCCAAAAACAUCAACGUAUUCAUACCGGAGAAAAACCGUACAGCUGUGAGUUGUGUGGGAAGACAUUCAGGGAAUUGGGUGAUCUAAAAAAACAUCAACGUAUUCACACUGGAGAAAAACCGUACAGCUGUGAAGAGUGUGGGAAAACAUUCAGGGUAUCAGGUAAUCUAAAAACACAUCAACGCAUUCACACUGGAGAAAAACCGUACAGCUGUGAAGAGUGUGGAACAACAUUCACUCAUUCAGGUGAUCUCCGAAAACAUCAACGUAUUCAUACAGGAGAAAAACCGUACAGCUGUGAAGAGUGUGGGAAAACAUUCAGGGAAUCAGGUGCUCUCCAAACACAUCAACGUAUUCACACAGGAGAAAAACCGUACUGGUGUGAAGACUGUGGGAAAACGUUCACUUCAUCAGGUGCUCUCCAAAAACAUCAACGUAUUCACUCAGGAGAAAAACCGUACUGGUGUGAAGAGUGUGGGAAAACAUUCAGGCAAUCAGGUAAUCUAAAAUCACAUCAACGUAUUCAUACAGGAGAAAAACCGUACAGCUGUGAAGAGUGUGGGAAAACAUUCAGGGAAUCAGGUAAUCUAAAAAAACAUCAUCGUAUUCACACAGGAGAAAAACCAUACUGGUGUGAAGAGUGUGGGAAAACGUUCACUAAAUCAGGUGCUCUCCAAAAACAUCAACGUAUUCAUUCUGGAGAAAACCCUUACUGGUGUGAAGAGUGUGGGAAAACGUAUUCUCAAAGUUCUCACCUUAAGCUCCACGAGCGAAUCCACACCUUAUAGUUUUGAACAACUAUGAGAGCCAAGCUAGCUGUUUCCUCCUCCUGAUGUUCUUUUAUAUUUGAAGUCUUUCUAAACAGACUUCAAUUCACAGAGUCAGUCUCGUUUGAUGUCCCUGGACAAGUCCUAAGGUCCUCUUCAGCUAUUUAAAUAUCCCUAAAAUCCCCCAAAAUAAAAUGGGUGAGGCUUUUAUCCACUACGCUCCCAAACUGUGGAACACCAGGAAAUAUCAGAGAGGCUCAGUGGACAUUUUUAAACGCCUUCUAAAGACCCAUCUCUUUAGAUUAGCUUUUUAUUAGCAAGCCCCCACUUUAAAUGGUCUUUUAGUCUUUAUUAUUUACCUACUUUUAUAUUGUUUCAUUUAUGAUAUAGGAAGGGUUUUAUCUUAUAUUAGUUAUUUAACAGUUUCAAUAGCAACAUUAAUUUUUACGUUGGUUUCUUUAUAUUUUAAUCGUUUAACCUUUAUUAGAAUUAUGUCGUUUCUAUUACUAUUCAUUUGUAUUUCUGUUGUACCUAUAUGUUCACUUUAUUUUAUAGGGUUUUAUAUUGUUGCAUCUAUUCACUUGUCUUGUGUCUUAUUUUUUCUCGAGACAUCAUAAUUUAGUUUUCAUAAUCCUUCUCCUCUGGGCUGCUUGUGUGACGUGUGCAGCAUGUGUAGUGUGGUGUCUCUGUGUGAGACCUGUUAGUUUCACUUGUUCAUUGUUAGAUGUGGUCUUGCUGCUAUUUUUAGGAAGGAUGUGAAAGCCACCACCAUCUCCAUCCCUGAUAUUCCCUCAUUCGAGCACCUGGUAUUUAAGCUCUCUGGUCCCACUCCCCUGGUCACAGCCAUCAUUUACCACCCUCCAAAACAAAAUCCCACCUUUCUCUCCGACCUCUCUGACCUUCUAACCCAGCUAUCUGCAAUAUCUAAAUCUGUGCUCCUCGUAGGGGAUUUCAAUAUCCACAUUGAUGACCCAACCAGCAUAUAUGCCAUUGAAUUUCUGGAAACUCUGCAGUGCUUCAACUUCACACAGCACAUCAACUUCCCCACACACAGCCACGGACACAUCCUUGACCUAGUCUGCUCCACAGGUCUCACCGCCCACCACCUAUCCAGUCUCGACCCUCAUAUCUCCGACCACCUGGCCAUCACCAUGGACAUCAAUAUCCCCAUCCCCAUCCAAAAACACAAGCGCACAAUAACCUUCAGAAACCUAAAA